UUGCGUGCGUGCGUGUGUCCGUCGACGUGCGUCAGGAUGGCAAAGUGAAAGUUAUCAGGAGCUCAGGCAGCAACGUGAAUAAAUGCACUAAAUGUGUGACGGCUCCGUUUCAGGAAGGAGGAAACCGUGCAGUCACCAAAAGUCAGUGGACAGAGUGGGAAGGUUUGAAUGGACGUUUGUGACUCAAAAACAACAACGAGCUGCUCUGGCAAUGUUGUGUUGUUGAAGAAGCUGAUGCUACUCUAGUUAAGGUAAACUGCAGGAAAGCUGUGCCCUCGUCCUCUGUGAAGCACAAUGAGUCUGGCUCUCAGUGAUCUGCUGGUCUGCUGCAGGGGGCUGGAGAAUGACAAGGCCACAGAGAGAAAGAAAGAAGCUGAACGCUUCAGGAGACUCCUUCGAAGUCCAGAAGUGGUACAGGAGUUGGAUCGUACCUCCGGACCUAAAGCGAAAGGCUCCAAAACCCUCACAUGGGAUACCGUUUUCAGAUUUUUGCAGCGUUACCUCCAGAAGGAGACGGAAAGCAUGCAAUCGAGCAAAUCCAACGUCACGGCGACCACGCUCGCCACACGGAAGAAGAAAAUGGCUGAAAUGUGCAGCUUGAUGAAAUACUUCAUUCGAUACGCAAACAAACGCGGACCCCGUCUCAAGUGCAGCGAGAUGCUGAAACACGUGAUGGAGGUCCUGCAGAAUUCGUACAGCUGUUCCGCCCAUGGAGAAGAUUAUAGCAGCCUCUUGGUGAAGGACAUCCUCUCCGUCCGCAAGUACUGGUGUGACAUCACCCCGCAGCAGUGGCACGAUCUUUUGAACUUGUACUGCGAAUUUUUUAAUGCUUCGUCCAAGUCCAUCAACCGCGUGCUGGUGAGCCGGGUGAUCCGCACGCUGGUGCAGGGCUGCUGCAUGCAGACGGACGGAUUCAACGACGCUCUGUUCACCUUCUUCUCUGAAGCCCUGCUAAACGCCAGGCAGGAGAAGCACCUGACCGUGUUGGAGCACCUUGUCUCGGGGCUCAACGUCUUCUUGAGAUCCGUGGCCAUGAACUGUCGCAUGAGGGUGUGUCGCCUGGGGGAGGAGCUUCUGCCUUCCCUACUGUAUGUCUGGGCGGAUAUGAGGCCCAGUGCUGCUCUCAAAGAGGAGAUUGUGGACUUCUUUAACCUGCAGAUUUGUGUCCACCACCCCAAAGGAGCCAAGACACAAGACACGGGUGCUUACGCCGAGGACUGGAAGAGGUGGCGGAGUCUGCUGUGCAACCUGUAUCAAGCCUUAAUCAGGGAAAUCAGCCAUAUAGGCAGCAGGGGGAAGUACGUCACUGGAACACGGCACAUCGCCGUCAAAGACAAUCUCACUGAGCUCACAGCUGACAUCUGUCACCAGCUGUUCAGUAAUGACAAUGACACCCACAUCGUGGAGGUGACCCAGGCCUCCCUCGGAGCCACUCCGAUGGGAAGUCCCACCCACGGCUCAGCCAGCAAGCGACGGCGCAUUGAACUGGGCUGGGAGGUCUUGCGCGACCACCUGCAGCCUCACCUGAAUGACUUUGACGUCAUACCGUGGCUACAGAUCACCGCGGUGCUCGCCUCCAAGUACCCGUCCAUGGUACCCGGCCAGGAGCUGGUGCCGCUGCUGUCGGCGCUGUGCCAGCUGCUGGCAGAGCAGCGGCGGGGAGAGAGGGGGCCGUACGUGCUGCGGAGUCUGAGCGAGCUGGCCCGCUGCCAGGCCCGCCACCCGGAAAGCGACCGGGUCCACGGGGCCGAGCUGGCCCGGCUGUGGGGUCGCGUGUGGGCGCUGGCGCUGCGAGGGGUCAGCUCACCUCAGACGGAGACCCUCAGCCUGGACCUGCUGAGGUCUGUUGUCCACGGGGGGCUCAUCAAUAUGGACAGAGAGUUCUGGAAGCUCUUCUGUGGAUCAGCAUGUAAACCGUCCCAGGCCGCUGCUCUCUGUCUGGCCGAGGCCCUGCUGAACUGUCCUCCCCCUAAAAGUAUCAUCUCGCGCUCAGAGAGGGACUACGGGGGGCUCGCGGAGGGUUCUGCAGCACCGGACCUGAAGGAGACCCUAAUAGGCUGGCUGCUGAUGAGCGAUCAGAGCGAAGAGAUGGAGGAUCGCUCCAGACCUCACCCCAUCAUCUGCAGAGACUUUCCUUGCAACCUAAUAGCGACCCUCUUGGUGUCCCUGACCUUGAAAGACACAAGAACGGGCCUGAAGCGUCUGUUGGGUAGUGAAGGAGUAGAGAGUGCCUUCUCUCAAGAAAAAACGACGCCCAAAGCAAAAGACAACCUGGAGGAGAUCGAGAGGCUCUACUUGCAGUUCAGCUUCAACGCGCCGGCUCCUCCCGCGGCAGCCGGCGGCGAGUCAGCGGCAGCGGCUCGGACCGACGGCCAACUCGCUGCCGUCUUUGGCCUCAGGGAGCGGUUGGAGCAGUCCCUGCUUUGUGUGGCCGACAACCUACUCAACUGCUACUCUCCCGAUUCUCACUCCACGCCCCCAGAGUGCCUGGUGCGCUGUUUCAGUCUGCUAACCGGGGCGUUGGCCGGCCACGUGUCCGCUGGGUUUCUGACGGAGGAGGAGGCCUGCCGCUCGCCGCUCUACACUAAAGCCAGGGCCCUGGCGCAAGACUUCGCCGGCUUUGUGUCUAGCGUGCGAGUGAAGAUGACCGAGGAAGGAGCCAUGGGCACAUUGAGAUCUGUCAUGAAGCUCUGCACGCAGUCGGCCAGCAGGAAAAACAAGGAUAACGUUGGUCCCGUCUCCUCCCGUCUGUUCAUGAUGAUUCUGCCGGCCAGUCUCCUCAGUGAACUGGCUGACAUCUGCAAACUGUUGUUAAGCGACGUUUCCCGGAGGGUCAGCUUUGUGGACGAAGACGACCACGUGGACGAUGACUUGGACGUGACCAGAACUCAACAAGGAGACGACAUUGACCUGUUCGACGAGGGCGAGAUCAGCGGCGCCGAUGGGAGUCACAGAGCAAAGGGAGACAACAGCGAGGCUUCCUGUGGGCCAGGUGCAAAAAGUCUGCUUGCAGACGAACAUCUGGCCCAGCAGGACGUGGCUCUCCUGGCGGUCCUGGAGCUCCUGUGCGAGUGCGGCUCCGUGCGGCGCGUCCCCGGCCUGCUCUUCAAACCACAGGAGGUGCGGCGCAGGCUGCUGCUGCUGCUGGAGCAGAUGGACUUCAGCAAAGCCCUGCACCUGAACAUGUAUCUCGUCCUGUUGAAGAAGCUUCCCGCCGAGGACUCGCUCUCGCCGGAGGAGUUCGAUUCCCUGCUCCGCCCUCUGGCGGACCUGUGUUCUUUGCACCGUCAGGACCAAGAGAUCUGUGCGGCUGUGCUGCUCGGUUUGUUGCCCUCCAUCGCGAGCCUGAGGAACACCCACCACACGUCGGAGGAGAUGAAACAUGUCCAGGGAUCUCUGCUGCAAGUGGUGUCUGGAUUCUGUUUCCUGGGUCAAACGGGGAAAGGCAUGACGGCUGUGCGAGCCGCCUUAGUCCGAUGUCUGGUGGCUUUGCUGGAGGCUGACCCUUGUUGUAACUGGGCAGUCUUAAGCAUCAGAGGCCCUGAGGGUGAGGAGCAUCGGCCCGUGUCUGUCAUCCUCCCGUCUCACCUCGCAGACGCCCACCACCAAGUCCGCACGCUGGUAGCCAUGUCAGUGGAGAGGUUGUUUCUGGAGACGAGAGCGGAGCUUCCGGGCAAGAGGAACAUGCUGCCGCUCAAACAGCAGCAGGCGGCCUUCGAGAGCAUUUACCUGAAGGCUCAGGAAGGAAUGAAGCUCCCCAGAAGCAGCUCAGCCGAAGACCAGAAGGACGAGUCCUUCAACCGCAAGGCCACGCUGUUGAAGACCUUGUCUGUUGUGCUGCGCUGUAGCCCGGUCUGUGAAAAACAGGCUCUGUUUGCCCUCUUCCAGUCCUACAAAGAGAACAACAUAGAGGAGCAUCUCAUCAAAAAGAUGCUGGGCAGUGUAUCCAGAGCGCUGGGCUACAGGAGUGUGAAGACAUUUGUCAGCUCCCACCUGUACUACCUGGUAGCCGAGUGGCUGGCGCAGAGACAGUCCGACGACCGCUACACCCUCGGGUCCUUCCCCUACACCCUCUUAGACCACAACACAGUCAAAGACUUCUAUCACUCUUCCUACCAGGUGUUAAUCCCCCACCUGGUCUUCCUGGAUGACUUCGAGCAGGUGAAGGCCAUCGGCAGGUAUCUUGCCAAGGACUGGAAGGUGUUGCUGGCCGACUGUUUCCCCAAGAUCAUGGUCAACAUCCUGCCGUACUUUGCCUCGUCGGGCCAGGAUUCGCAGGUCGCAGAGCGGAGAGACAAGGCCCACAAAGUGUACGACCUGCUGAAAGACGACCACUGUCUGGGCAAACCGCAAAUUGACACGCUGAUCCUCAGUAACCUGGCGGACAUAGUGGUUGAACUGCUGAUGACUCUGUACGAAGGAAGUGGAGCCGAAGGGAACACCGGAGACCUGACACGCUUUACAGGGGAACUGGACCCCAUACCGAACCCGCCAUACUUCAGCUCCAAUGUCAUUAAAGCCACACUGGAAUACCUCAGCAAGUGCAACAGUGCAAGCCACAAGACUUUGGUAGCCAUUCUGUCAAAAACUCCAAUUUCCAUCCAGAGGAUUCUGCUGGCGGUGUGUGAAAGAGCAGCCGAGACGACCAACAGCUACGAGCGCCAUCGCAUCCUGCUCAUGUACCACCUGUUCGUCAACAUGCUGCUCGUCGAGGUGAAGGACGGCCUCGGGGGAGCCUGGGCCUUCGUCCUCAGGGACAUCAUCUACACGCUCAUUCACCAUCUGAACAGCAGACCAGCUCAAUGCGAUGAGGUUUCUACCCGGAGCCUCUCGCUGUGCUGCGACCUGUUGACCUCCGUGUGCCGGGCAGCUUUGGAGUUCUGUGACGACGCUCUGGACGGCCACCUGCAGGUCAUCGUCGCGACUCUGACCGCUCGGGCCAGGAGCCCGUCGGCCGUCUCGGGGCAGGUGAACGGCCUGUUAGGGUUUCUAGUGAUAGAAAAUCAACACAAGUUAAAAGGAGCCAUCAGCCGCUUGGAGCCUUUUCCUGACCUCCCUGAAUUCAGAGAGCUGCGCUCUGUACAGCACAGGCUGAAAUAUAACACUGAGAGCUUCAAACUGAGAGAGGAGAUUGCCCACUUCCUGUCCGUGACGUCCUGCGACUCCUUGCCUCUGACCAGACUGGAGGGGCUGAAGGAGCUGACCAGGCAGCUGCAUGACAACAAGCACCAGAUCAGAGAGCUGCUCAAAGAGUGCCACGCGGAACCCACCGACAGCGUGCUGGUGAGGCUGGUCCUCGGCCUGCUGCAGCUCUGCAAGCUGGCAGCCAACCACCCGGAAGGAGCCGACAUUCUUGAGGCGGCGGGCAGCUGUCUGGGGGAACUGGGUCCCGUGGAUUUCUCCACCAUCGCCCUCCUUCACGGCCGAGACCCCCUGUAUGAAAAGGCCGUGUCCCUCUUCGACUCCACCGAGUCGCAGUGCCUCUACGUGGUCCUGAACUGCAUGAACGACGCACUCACCCAACAGCGCAUUGAGGUGAGGCAGGCGGCCGCUCGGUGCGUGAAGGGCAUCCUCGCCACUCGGUCUGGAGUCGCUUUCUGGGAGCAACACAAAGACAACAGAGACCCCCUGCUGGCCUACCUUAACCCCUUUAGAAAGGCCAAGGAGAAGGUGGCAGCUCUGACCGCUGAGGCGAGUGUGCAGGCCAGGGAGAAGCUGGUGAGUCAGCAGUUUUGGAUUCCCCAGGCAGGCGGCCACAAGGCCUGGCUGAAGGCCCUGUGCACCGCCCUGCUCGACGCCGAAGGGGUCCGCAGUGAAGCGCUGCUGCUGUCCCGGCCGCUGUGUCUGGUGAGGGUGGACUGCUGCCAGCGGCUGCUGCCGCUCAUCAUCCACUCCAUCCUCCUGGAAGACCGUGGCGGCUUGUGGAGGGAGUUGCUCUCCUCCCGCAUCCGGGACUUCUUCAGCUUUUGUUGCAGGAGCGCUCAGGCCGCCAGCCGCUCGGCCACGCCUCUCAACUCCGACUCCGAAUCAGACGCUGCCAGUCAUGGCCUGUACGACAAGAACUCUCUGCGUACGAUGCUCGCCGCCAUCGACUAUCUGAGGCACCAACAGAGACCCCUGGAAGCCGGAAGCACCUCGUUUGGCACGGUGAGUGACUCAAACUUCUGGCUGGAGCUGAACUACCUGGAGGUGGCCAAAGCGGCUCAGUCCUGCUCGGCACAUUUCACCGCUCUGCUGUACACGGAGAUCUACGUGGAUAAGAUCAAAGUUGACAUGGAGGAGAGUCGGCGAACCAAGUCCAGAGCAACACGUAAGAUCAAUUUUGAAGAGAACAGCCAGAACUUCUCCAUCUCCAGCCUCACUGAGAAGAGCAUGGAAGACACCAAUAUCAGUCUGCAGGAGCUGCUGAUUGAGGUGUAUCGCAGCAUCGGAGAGCCUGACAGUCUGUAUGGCUGCGGCGGGGAGACCACUACGAGUCCACUGACAAGGAUUCGAACCUACGAGCACGAGGCCAUGUGGGGGAAGGCCCUGACCUCCUACAACCUCCACACUACUCUGCCCGAGGUCACUCGUCAAGUGGGAAUUGUGCAGGGCCUGCAGAACUUUGGCCUGAGCAACAUCCUCACCACCUACCUGAGGGGUCUGGAGAGCGAAGGGGUGGAGUGGGGGUCCGAGCUGAGAGAGCUCCGCUUUCAGGCCGCAUGGAGGAACACUCAGUGGGACUGUGAGCUGUCAGACAGGGGGGAGAAAUCCAAGCCCGGCUUCCACGAGUCAGUGUUUUGUUCCCUGCAUGCGCUGAGGGACAAAGAGUUCUCCCUAUUCGACGAAACUCUGAAACAGGCCAGGUGUGCAGAUGUGGCGGAGCUGUGCAGAGGAAGCCUGGAGGCCGUGUCCUCUCUGUACCCAUCUCUCAGGAACCUGCAGAGCAUCAAGGAGCUGGAGAGUGCCAAGCUGCUCUUUUCUAGGCCCUUCUCGGACGUGACUCUGAGGGAGGUCUGCAGACAGUGGCGGCAGCACUCGGAGCUGCUCGCAGACAGCGACUUCGCUCUGGUGGAGCCCAUCCUGGCCCUCCGCACCGUGGCCCACCACGCCCUGAUGGCCAGGGAGGGUGACCCCGACACCACCCAGUGCGUCAGCUCUGUGCUCACUGACCACCUCAUGGAGCUGUGCCGGCUGGCUCGAAACGCUGGGAAUACACAGCUCGCAGAGCAGGCAGUGUACCAGAUGAAGCAGAAUGGUGGCGGAGGGUCCUGGGCGUCAUCCCCUGUGUUGUCAUGGCAACUGGAAGAGGCCCAGGUGUUCUGGGCAAAAGGGGAGCAGGGACUGGCCCUGGGACUGCUGAGAAAGAUGAUACACGGCCUCGAGGAGAAGGUGGACAUGAAUCCCGCCCUGGUCCCGCUCUACACCGAGAGCCUCCGGCUGUGUGGCAGCUGGCUGGAUGAGACUUGCCUGGAAAGUCCCGGAGUAAUCCUGAAGAACUACCUGGAGAGGGCGGUGCAGGCGAUCGAGCAGGCUUCCGAGGAUCAGGACGCCAGGCUGCAGAGUCAGCGGACGGAGGCCUUCUUGUCUCUGGCGCGCUUCUCUGACGCUCAGUGCCAGUCCAUCGACAAAUACAUGAACUCCUCCGAGUUUGACAACAAGCAGGCGCUGCAGGAGAAGACCAAAGAAGAAGUGGACCUGAUUAGGGAGCGUGGAGUGACUUCCAACAGGUACACCAUGAAGGUGACCAAAGAGCUGGCGCUGGACCAGCAGUCCCUGUCCCUCAUGCAGACCGACAGGAAGCGUUUCCUGUGCAAAGCUGUGGAGAAUUACAUCCGGUGUCUGGAGGGAGGGGAGCACGACACGUGGGUGUUUCGCCUGGCGUCGCUGUGGCUGGAGAACGCCGACGUCAAGGACGUCAACGACAUGAUGAAGACCGGCGUGGAGCGGAUCCCGUCCUACAAGUUCCUGCCUCUCAUGUACCAGCUGGCCGCUCGCAUGGGAACCAAGAUGGCAACUGGCGUUACCGAGGAUACCGGCUUCCACGACGUCCUCAGCAGCCUGAUCUGCCGAGCGUCUCGGGAGCACCCUCAUCACACGCUCUUCAUCAUCCUCGCCCUGGUGAACGCCAACAAGGACGAGAACUUCGGCAAGAGCCGACUGUCUAAGAGCGCUCCGCGGCAGCGUUCGCCGUUUGACCUCGAGCGCUCCAACGUGGCCCGCCGGAUCAUCGGCGAGCUCCGGAGAGAGAGAGGCGAGAUGAUCCGAGGGGUCGAGAAGCUGUGCGACGCCUACAUCACUCUGGCUUAUAUGGACGCCAGCAAGCACAAGGCGGAGAAGAAGGCUAUUCCCAUCCCUGCUGAUCAGCCCAUCACCCACAUCAAAAACCUGCAUGAGGUCGCCAUCCCCACAAUGGAGAUCAAGGUGGAUCCGUCUUGUCGCUAUGACGACCUGGUGACCAUCAGGUCCUUCGAGCCACAGUACCGCCUCGUUGGAGGAGUCAAUCUGCCCAAAAUCAUCGACUGUGUCGGCUCCGACGGCAAGAGCAGGAGACAGCUGGUCAAAGGUCAGGACGACCUGCGGCAGGACGCUGUGAUGCAGCAGGUCUUCAGCAUGUGCUCCAUGCUGCUGCAGCGCAACGCCGACACCCGCAAGAGGAAACUCAACAUCCGGCGCUACAAGGUGGUGACGUUCUCGCAGCGUAGCGGCGUGUUGGAGUGGUGUUCGGGCACGGUGCCGAUUGGCGAGUUUCUAGUGGAUCCCAAUAAAGGAGCCCACAAACGCUUCAGACCUCAGGACCUGACCAGCUUAGCCUGCCGCAAACGGAUGCUGCAGUGCCAGUCGUUUGAUGAGAAGCUCCAGGGCUUCGCCGAGGUCUGCAAGAACUUCCGGCCGGUCUUCAGGUAUUUCUGCAUGGAGCGCUUCCUGGACCCCGCGGUGUGGAUGGAGAAGCGCCUGGCCUACACUCGCAGUGUGGCCACCUCCUCUAUAGUUGGCUACAUCGUGGGCCUGGGGGACAGACACAUCCAUAACAUCCUGGUUGAUGAGCAGACUGCUGAGCUGGUGCACAUCGAUUUAGGUGUGGCCUUUGAGCAGGGCAAGAUCCUCCCCACCCCCGAGACUGUCCCCUUCAGACUGUCCAGAGACAUUGUGGACGGUAUGGGCAUCACUGGAGUGGAGGGGGUUUUCAGAAGAUGUUGUGAGAAGACCAUGGAGGUGAUGAGGAGCUCUCAAGAAGCUCUGCUGACUAUUGUGGAGGUGCUGCUGUACGACCCGUUGUUCGACUGGACCAUGAACCCGCUGAAGGCCUUCUACCUGCAGCUCGACGAGCAGCAGGAGCUCAACGCCACGCUCAGCUCCACCAUGGGGGGCGUUGACAUGGACAACCAGCGCAAACCCAGCGACAGUCAAAGCUUCAACAAAGUGGCGGAACGGGUGCUGCUGAGGCUGCAGGAGAAGCUGAAGGGGGUGGAGGAGGGAACGGUGCUCACCGUGGGGGGGCAGGUCAACCUGCUCAUCCAACAAGCCAUGGACCCCAAAAACCUCAGCAGACUCUUCCCGGGCUGGCAGGCCUGGGUGUAGACUCCAGAGCAGCUGGACGUUUUCUUCUUCUUCUAUGGUCCUUGCUUGUGCCGGGGGGGGGGGGGGACAGGAAAUGAAACUAUCUGAAAGUGAUCUGGAUUUGCAAAACUCUGCGGAAGGUAAUUCUGUGUUUAUUGUUAAAGGAUAAAAAAGGCCACUAUGCAAAUGAGCUUGAGGAUAUAAAAAUGACUCUUAUUUACUUUUGUUAAAGUUUUGCUGACUGUACAACAGGAAUUGAAUUUGGCAGAUUUCAUGCACUGAUUCUUGCUAAACAAACCAUAUCAUCACCUUUUUUACUGCAGAUCGUGACGGUAAUUAAAAGAGACCAAUGAAUUGUAUCGCUGUACCGAGGGAAGGGAUCAGUCUGACAUGAAUAUUUAAAAGGGAUUUCUUUGUUGUUGUUUUUUUUAACCCGCGCAAUGUGAAUGUUGUCAUAUUUUUGACUAGACUAGCCGUUGCACAUACCGUGUGAACGUAUGAUGAGGCUCGUCCAGGAGGGGUUGGUUUCGGUUGUCUCGUUUGCCAAUUCAGUUCUUUUACUAUUAGAUUACUGAAUAUAUGAAUACGUGCUGUAAAGCUUAAGGGCUAAAUUGAAUGCAUUCAGAAAUGUAUGAUAUCUUUGCAGUAUACUUUUUAUUAUGAACAUUUUCUG